AAAAACAAAAACAACCUCCUCAGCACAUUGUGGUGAAUCUGCGAUGGAAGCACUCCGCGAAAUAACCCCGUUCCUGCACCGGUCGGCCCGGCUAGACCUAAAAGCUGUGUCUCUUACGCACGUACUGGGACUAACCGGCUCCAAGGAUGGCAUCCUGUUGCUCGCCCAGUGCGUUGAGUUGUUGGACAAUCUAGUUGGGUUGACCGAGGACGAGUCCGAGCCGGUGCGCAAGGAUGCCGUGCUGGCACUGGUCAAUUUGUCCGCCGAGGAGGAGGCCGCUGGGGCGUUGGUGAAGCAGUUGGCUCACAAACUGGUACCUCUGGGUUACGCUGCCAUUCUGGACGAGAACUCAAAGUUGUCCGACCCGUGGAGCAUGGUCCUGUGCAACAUUACACGUCCGGAGCAUCUGGUGGAGGCAGUUCUGGAAGAACUGCUCAAGAUUGAACAUUCCAUCGAUAAGUUAACGACCUGUUUUACGCGAAUCAGCUACAACAAACAGAAAGGCCACCUCAACUACUUAGGUCCGUUGUUCAGCAAUCUGUCGCAGAGCAAACGUGGCCGUGACAUCUUCUGUGAUCAAACCACGGGACUGCUGUCACGAAUCGUCCCCUUCGUACACCACGAAGCUAGUAUCGUCCGCCGAGGAGGUGCCGUCGGAGUGCUCAAAAACGUCUGCUUCGACUCAACCGUUCACGACUGGCUGCUGAGCGACGGAGUUGACGUACUACCAUUCAUCCUCCUUCCACUGGCCGGUCCGGAAGAGUUCGAUGACGAAACGAACGACAAACUGCCCGUCGAGCUGCAAUAUCUCGGGCCGGACAAGCGCCGCGAGGAGGACCCGGACGUGCGCAAAAUGCUGGUGGAAUCGUUGGCCCAACUGUGCGCCACUCGGCGGGGUCGUGAAUAUCUGCGCGCCCGGGGCACGUACGAGAUUCUGCGCGAGCUGCACAAGUUCGAGUGCGGAACGGAAGGCGGGGACGCGCGGGUGCUGGCCGCGUGCGAAAACGUGGUCGAUGUGCUGAUUCGAACGGAAACCGAAAUCGGCGAGGACAAUUUGAAAACGCUGGAAAUACCGGACGAUGUGCUGACGAAAAUCGAAGCGUUGAAUAAAGAGAGCGAUUGAUUUAUGAAAUUUAUUUUUAUUUAAAUUA